AUGGGGCGGUGCUCGGAGAUGGUGUGCGUGGGCGGCGUGCAGCUGCAGGGAAUAAGCGUGGGCGGCGUGGAGACGUGCAUCAUCCUCCCGCAAUUCAACGUAGCCUUCGACAUCGGGCGCUGCCCGCAGCGCGCGGUCUACCAGGACACGGUGCUGAUCACACACGCGCACAUGGACCACAUCGGCGGCAUCAACUUCCACAUCGCGAGCCGCCAGCUGCUCUCCCUCCCGCCGCCGACGGUCGUCCUGCCGACGCCCAACGUGCCCGCCGUCGAGGCGCUCCUCGCGGCGCACCGCGAGCUGGACGGCUGCGACAUGCGCGUGAACCUCGUCCCCGCCCGACCGGCCGACAAGGUAGAAGUGCAACUCAAGAAGGGGGGGUGCGUUGCGCGGUGCUUCCCGACGAUCCACCCGGUGCCGUCCCAGGGGUACGCGGUCAUCACGCAGAAGCGCAAGCUCAAGCCGGAGUACCACGGCCUCCCCGGGAGGGAGAUUGCGGCGCUGCGGCGCGACGGCGUGGAGGUGUCGGACGUGGUGGAGGUGGCCGAGGUGGCCUUCUCGGGGGACACCACGGGGGACUUCCUCCUCCUGAACAAGGACAACCCCGACGUGCGCCACGCGAAGCUCCUGAUCAUGGAGUGCACCUUCGUCGAGGACGGCACCACGAUGGAGGACGCCGAGAAGUUCGGACACACGCACGUGGGGCACGUCCUGCGCCCCGAGUGCCUCGAGGUGCUCCGCGACGUGGGGCACGUGCUGUUCAUCCACUUCUCUGCCCGGUACAGGGUCGAGGACGUGGAGGCGAACAUGCGCGAGAGACUUCCGGGCUGGUUGCUGCAGAAGUCCAGCUUCAUGACGGAGGGCUUCGGGGCGCGGCACGGUGCGCACUGCCCGCCCGUGCUCCACGGCGCGGACAUGGCGGCUGCGCUGCCGCCAUGA